AUCAAUUAUUAUUUCACUCGUUUUCCUUUCUGUGGUUAGGAUGGCCCCAUCUCUCUGUUUUCUAUCGUAAGUUAAUAUUUGAACCUUGAAAGUCCAAGUUUUUAACUGUUCAAAUCUAAGCAAAAGCUGUAAACUUUAGACACGAAACAACCGUCUUCACCCACAAGAACACCACGCUAUGCGUAUUACCGAAGCAAAUAAUUUUUUUCCUUUAAUAACCUAAAUUGCUUGCCCUCGAAUUCAUUGCUUGUGGAAAGAAUAGGAAAAGUUUAAUCAACGAAGAGGACAGGAACCUUUUGGCCGAAUGGAGUAUCUGUUAACAUCUAGAAGUGAAAUUGGAAUCUUCCAGAAAUCCUCUCUCAGCAUAAAUGAAUCCCUACGCGGGAGUCCACCUAGACGAAAUGAUGCUCGAGGUUUGCGUUGUUAAUUAGCUGCCUUCCCACUAUGGGACUCUCAGCAACUGCUUGUUAAAAUCCCUGAACGAAAUCUGCCGAGAAUUUAUGGGAUUUGUUUUAGCAAGAAAUUGUCUUAGUUUUUCAUUAUUUUUAUUUUAAGAUUUCUACAGGUGCUCUGGUAACGUAAUUUAUUCCUUCUGCAAUUUUGGGUCAUCUGGUUUCAUCUUUCAACAACUCCACGGUGUGAUGGCUGGUAGGAGUGUUCCUUCCGCACUCCCGUUCAAAACUUGUGAUGUCUUUGGAAGCCCUUUAAAACCUCUUAAUUUCCUUCCCAUACAAAAUAGAAAUUUUCAAACAAAGACAUUGGUGGCGAAAAGAAGAGCAAAUACUCGAACAGAAAGUGCGAAAAUCAGAAAUAGAAGAACACUAAAGAAGUUUAAUGGCACGCGUACAAAACCAAGGCUGUCAGUUUUUUGUUCGACCAAACAGUUGUAUGCUAUGCUGGUAGAUGACCAAAGCAAGAAGUGUUUAUUUUACGGAAGCACUUUGCAGAAACCUUUACGCGGUGAUCCCCCUCGUAGCACCAUUGAAGCUGCUGAAUGUCUUGGCGAAGAGCUUAUUAAGGCCUGUAUGGAUCUUAAGAUAAAUGAAAUAUCUUCUUAUGAUCGCAAUGGUUUUGCCGGCGGAGAGAGAAUGCAAGCUUUUGAGAUUGCAAUUUCUCGUCAUGGAUUCUUACCAAGAUAGAUAUGGCCCUAAUUAUUCUCUUGUCAAACGAACGUAAUAACUCCUCUGCAUCUAUAUAAACUGGGACUUCGUAUGAGAAGAUGGUGGUGUUUUUUCUUCUUCUUCUUUUU